AGCGACUCUCUCAUUCUAUUGGUCACUUUGUAUGACAUUAUCACAGUCUGUUUUUGGCGUGGAAACCACGUUAAAACUGCUACUCUGUUGAAUUAUAUGUUUGGAGGCAACAUUGGAAAAGGAAACAUUUGAUACAUUCGAAGCAACAUCCUGGCCUUUACCUUCACAGUAACAACAGAAACUUCAGAAUGAGCGUGGGGUUCAUCGGAGCGGGUCAAUUGGCCCAUGCCUUGGUGAAAGGAUUCAGUGCUGCAGGUGUCAUUGCCACCCAGAGGAUCACUGCCAGCUCCCCAGACACAGAUCUUCCCACAGUGUCAGGACUGCGGAAAAUGGGUGUCAAUCUCACAACCAGCAACAAGGAGGUGGUGAACAAGAGUGACGUCCUGUUCCUGGCUGUCAAACCACACAUCAUCCCCUUCGUGUUGGAUGAGAUUGGACCGGACAUCGAGGACCGCCACCUCAUCGUGUCCUGUGCAGCGGGCGUCACCAUCAGCUCCAUUGAGAAGAAGCUGCUCCAGUACCGCCCGUUCCCCAAGGUGAUGCGAUGUAUGACCAACACCCCGGUGGUGGUUCGGGAGGGAGCCACGGUCUACGCCACGGGUACCCAUGCCAAGCUGGAGGACGGGAGGCUGCUGGAGCAGCUGAUGGCCAGUGUGGGCUACUGCACGGAGGUGGAGGAGGACCUCAUCGAUGCCGUCACCGGACUCAGUGGCAGUGGACCCGCCUAUGCAUUCACAGCUGUGGAAGCGCUUGCUGACGGUGGGGUGAAAAUGGGUCUGCCCAGGAGACUGGCUAUACGGCUUGGAGCACAGGCCCUGCUGGGAGCAGCCAAAAUGCUGUUGGACUCGGAGCAGCACCCUGGCCAGCUGAAGGACAACGUUUGCUCCCCAGGGGGCGCCACCAUUCACGCCCUGCAUGUCAUGGAGAGUGGGGGCUUCCGCGCCCUGCUCAUCAACGCUGUAGAGGCCUCCUGCAUCAGGACCAGGGAACUCCAGUUCUUGGCUGACCAGGAGAAGAUCUCCCCUGCGGCCAUCAAGAAGACUACACUGGACAAGGUUCUGCAGCAGCCAGGGGUGGGAACAGGGGUGGGCGUCCGGACGGGAUCUGGGAUCAGCCUGUUCAACAGCAGCAACCCCAGGCACAAGAAGUGAUUGAACUGAGUGGCUCUGAUCACAGAACGGGUGUAUUCAUAUUAGUGCACUGCACACCAUAGCAAAACAUUUUGUAACUGCAAACAUUUCGCAACGAAAACGAGUUUCAUAUUGGACAAGUUCAGGUAGUUCCUCCCUGUUUCGGUCCGUUUGCAUCCUAGUGAACAUGCCCCAGAUGGAGAGAUCAAUGAGACCCUCAAAAGAAUGAAACACUACUGAACGUAGUAUUUCGACCCUAAAAAUUGUUAUUAUCGUUAUAGCAUGCCAGCUGAGAGGAGGAAGAUGAGCAUACAUGGCAGCUUCAUAAACGUUUAAAGGAUAAACUUAGAGCAGCAAUAGAGGAUGUAGGGUGAAGAGACACUUCUCCUGGUCUCCGUUCCUCCCAUAUUCACUGACUAUAAACAUCUGGACAGGUGAAAGCAAGUUCCUAAUAGGCAUUAUGGCUUUCACCUGUCCAGUGUUUUCAUAUCAGUGCAGAUGAAGGAGAAGAGAGGUAGGAGGAGACCGGGGAAGAAGACGCCACUAGACAGUUAAGAUGGACCCACAUGGUGAUGAGCAACAGGUCACAAUUCCUUUACAUUUCAGUCGUUUAGCAGACGCUCUUAUCUUAUCCAGAGCGACUUACAGGAGCAAUUAUGGUCAAGUGCCUUGCUCAAGG